UCCUCCCGGGGGUCUGACGGCAGGAUGGCGGAGGCAGGGGGACCGGGGUCUGCGGCGGCCCGGUGCCCGGACGAGUCGUCGGACAGCGAGCCGGAGCAGGAGCCCGGAACCCCGCAGAAACUCAUCCGGAAAGUGUCUACGUCCGGACAGAUCCGCAGCAAGACGGUGCUGAAGGAGGGCACUCUGAUGAAACAGACAAACUCGUUCCAGCGUUGGAAGAGACGAUACUUCAAACUGAGAGGGAGGACGCUGUACUACGCUCAGACCGCCAAGUCCAUCAUCUUUGACGAGGUUGACCUGACGGACGCCAGCGUGGCGGAGUCCAGCACCAAGAACGUCAACAACAGCUUCACCGUCAUAACUCCGUGUCGUCGUCUCAUCCUCUGUGCUGAUAACAGGAAGGAGAUGGAGGAGUGGAUGGCAGCGCUGCGCAGUGUCCAGAACAGACACAACUAUGAGUCCACCCAGUACAGCAUGGACCAUUUCAGCGGCAUGCACAACUGGUACGCCUGCUCUCAUGCCAGACCGACUUACUGCAACGUGUGCAGGGAGGCUCUGUCCGGGGUGACGUCCCACGGCCUCUCCUGUGAAGUUUGUAAGUUUAAGGCUCAUAAGCGCUGUGCAGUCCGGGCGACCAACAACUGUAAGUGGACAACUCUGUCUUCUAUCGGGAAGGACAUCAUUGAGGACGAGGACGGGGUGUCCAUGCCUCACCAGUGGUUGGAGGGCAACCUGUCUGUCUCUGCCAAGUGUAACGUCUGUGAGAAGACGUGUGGCAGCGUCCUCCGUCUGCAGGACUGGAGGUGUCUCUGGUGUAAAGCCAUGGUGCACUCAGGUUGUAAGGAGCAGCUGUCCUCCAAGUGUCCUCUGGGACAGUGCAAAGUGUCAGUCAUCCCUCCGACUGCACUCAACAGCAUUGACUCUGACGGUUUCUGGAAGGCGUCCUGUCCUCCGUCCUGCACCAGUCCUCUGCUGGUCUUUGUCAACUCUAAGAGUGGAGACAAUCAGGGCGUCAAGUUCCUUAGACGCUUCAAACAGCUGCUGAACCCGGCACAGGUCUUUGACCUGAUGAACGGGGGACCACACCUGGGUCUGCGUCUGUUCCAGAAGUUUGACACCUUCAGAAUCCUGGUAUGCGGAGGAGACGGCAGCGUCGGUUGGGUCCUGUCCGAGAUUGACGCCCUCACGCUGCACAAACAGUGUCAGCUGGGAGUCCUUCCUCUGGGGACCGGGAACGAUCUGGCCCGGGUUCUGGGCUGGGGUUCAGCCUGCGAUGACGACACGCAGCUGCCUCAGAUACUGGAGAAACUGGAGAGAGCCAGCACCAAGAUGUUAGACAGGUGGAGCAUCAUGGUCUAUGAGACCAAGUUUCCACGGCAACACUCUGCGUCCACCGUCACAGAGGACUGCAGUGAAGACUCAGAGGUUCAGCAGAUUCUGACCUAUGAGGACUCAGUGGCGGCUCACCUGUCCAAGAUCUUGACCUCAGACCAGCACUCUGUUGUCAUCUCCUCCGCCAGGGUUCUGUGUGAGACCGUCAAGGAUUUCGUGGCUCGUGUCGGCAAGGCGUACGAGAAGAACACGGAGAGCUCGGAGGAGUCGGAGGCCAUGGCUAAGAAGUGUGGCGUGCUGAAGGAGAAGCUGGACUCUCUGCUGAAGACUCUGAACGAGGAGUCUCAGGCCUCCACCCUGCCUCCCCCGGCUCCUCCCCCGACUAUUGCCGAGGAGCAGGAGGAGGCCGAGGGAGGCGCCGCCUCCUCUUCAUCAUCAUCAUCAUCAUCCUCACGCCCUGCCCUGCCCUGCUCGCCACGCACCAACGCCACCUCCUCAGCCGCUGCCAUCUUUAAACCCCGAGAGCAGCUGAUGCUGAGAGCCAACAGCCUGAAGAGCAUCAGACAGAUCAUCGAACACACCGAGAAAGCGGUGGACGAGCAGAACGCUCAGACACAGCAGCAGCUCUUCUGUCUCAGCCGGGCCGAGGAGGACGAGGGUCUGGUGGAGGAGGAUGAGGACGUCGACGAGGACAAGAUGUCUCUGCAGUCGUCCUACAGUGCCAAACACUGCAACACACGCAGAGUCAGUAAGACACCCUGUGAGAAGCUCAUCAGUAAAGGCAGUCUGUCUCUGGGCAGCUCUACGUCCCUUCCUGUCCAGACAGGAAGUAGAGACAUCAUGCCCAUGCUGAACACAAAGAUCUUGUAUCCAGGUCUCCGGGGGAUCUCGGGCUCUCUGUCCAGCAGCUCAGUAAUCAGCCGCCUGCUGGUGAACGCCGACCCUUUCAGCUGUGAUCCUGACAACAUGGACUGCUACACAGAGAAGUGUGUCAUGAACAACUACUUUGGAAUCGGACUGGACGCCAAAAUCUCUCUGGAUUUCAACAACAAGAGGGACGAACAUCCAGAGAAGUGCAGGAGUCGGACGAAGAACAUGAUGUGGUAUGGAGUUCUGGGAACCAAAGAGCUGCUGCACAGAACCUACAAGAACCUGGAACAGAAGGUUCUCCUGGAGUGUGAUGGGCGUCCGAUCCCUCUGCCCAGUCUUCAAGGCAUCGCUGUGUUGAACAUCCCCAGUUAUGCCGGAGGAACCAACUUCUGGGGAGGUACCAAAGAGGACGAUACCUUCACAGCACCGUCCUUCGAUGAUAAGAUCCUGGAGGUGGUCGCCGUGUUCGGCAGCAUGCAGAUGGCCGUGUCCCGAGUCAUCAACCUGCAGCACCACCGCAUCGCACAGUGUCGGACAGUGAAGAUCACCAUCCUGGGUGAUGAAGGUGUCCCGGUGCAGGUGGACGGGGAGGCCUGGGUUCAGCCUCCAGGUUACAUCAAGAUCAUCCACAAAAACAGAACGCAGACCCUGACUAGGGACAGAGCGUUUGAGAGCACCCUGAAGUCGUGGGAGGACAAACAGAAGUGUGAGUUUGUGAGGCCCCCCCCCCCACAGCCCCCUCUGUGCUCUCAGCCAGAGAUCCUCUCUGAGGAGGAGGCGUCACUCGUCAGCGAGUUCGGUCAGGCAGCAGGAGCACUCAUACACAGUAUCCGGGAGGUGGCUCAGUCUCACCACAGUCUGGAACAGGAAUUGGCUCACGCCGUCAACGCCAGCUCGAAGGCCAUGGACGUGGUCUACGCCAACUCCAAGAGCUGCGAGGCCCUGAGCUGCAGCGUGGUGUUGGACAUGGUCAGUAAUGUCAAAGCAUUGCUCAGUGAGACAGAGCUGCUGCUGGCUGGAAAGAUGUCCAUGCAGCUGGAUCCUCCUCAGCAGGAGCAGCUGGACGCAGCUCUGAGCUCGGUGUCCCAGCAGCUCCGCAGGCUGGGGGAUGUCCCCUGGCUGUGUCCCUACCUCGACCCCUCAGACAGUGAGGGUCCUCUGACAGAUUUCUCAAAACGCAGUCGGAGUGCCAAAUUUCGUCUCGUCCCGAAGUUCAAAAAAGACAAAAACAACAAGAACAGAGAGACAUGCGCCACUUUGUCUCUGCCAGUUCAUCAGUGGGGGACAGACGAGGUGGGGGCGUGGCUUGACUUUCUCUGUCUCACUGAAUAUAAAGACAUCUUUACUGGACACGACGUCCGUGGAGCUGAGCUCAUCCACCUGGAGAGGAGGGACCUGAAGGACCUCGGGAUAACGAAGGUGGGUCACAUGAAGAGGAUCCUGCAGGGGAUCAGGGAGCUCAACAGGAACAGCAGUGCCAGCGAGGCGUGACUGCUGUCAUCGCGACAGCUGUGCUCCUCCUACCUCUGCUGCCAUCGAACACCUGACCUCUGACCUCUGACCCUGUGACAUCACAUCACUGUGAUUGAUCCACUGUUUCUCAGAACCAAUCAGAUGAUCUGUCAGUGCCUUGACGUCUCAGCCACUGACCAAUCAGGUCGCAGAGACUUUAUCAUCAGAGUGAUCUCUGAACCAAUCACACAACACGACUCAUCCCAAAACUCACAAACACCACGUUCAAAAUUUGCGGAUCCUGGUCAUCCAGGAUCCAGACCGGACUCCCUGAGACCUGGACCAGCAGGACCAGUCAGAGAACCCCCUGAGACCUGGACCAGCAGGACCAGUCAGAGGACUCUCUUAGACCAGGACCAGUCAGAGAACCCCCUGAGACCUGAACCUGGUCUGAGUCUGUAGGAUCAGUAUUUGGAUGGCCAGCAGGACUCGUGCUCUACCUGCCUCCUCUGACCAGUCCAGGUCACCUGACCAGUCCAGCUGUGUGGGACCAGGACGCAGCAGAAUCCUUUAAAAUACAACUUUUAGAACUAUUGAACGUCCCCAGGCGGCCAACAGGACACUAAGGGGACACUGUGAGGAGCAAAUGAGAGGAGACACUGCGAGGGGACACAUAUUUAUUUCUUGUAUAAACUGUAAAUGAACUUUGGAGUCGAUGUCGUUUGAGGACAGAGAUGUCCUGACGAAGACUCUGCAGUGGAUGAAGACGAGCUGCGUCUCCUGUCUGAUGUUGUUUCCUGUCCAUCCGUCCGUCUUUUAGGGACCAAAGAGAGUGUUGGUUUUGUGUUUCAGUUUAAUUAUCAGCCAUCGCCUUGAAGCCUUAAACUCUGAGACAUUGUCUUAUCAAUAAAACUCAGCCGUCCUCACA